AUGUCAUUGCCGGCCGAUACAAUACCGUCCACAUCGUUAUCACCACUCUGGAACAGUCAAUCCCAUAAUAAUACGCUCGACUUCAAUCUACCGCCAAGAUGCGACUCGUCAUCGAAACGCAAACGAAAGUUGUUAUGCAUCCGAAAUGACGAUCCCAAGCAGAUGACACUGGAUGCGGGACAGAAAGAGUUCGGAGUGCAACGCUGCAAAAAGUGUGGAAUGGUAUAUGAUAUAGAUUCAAUGAAGGAUCGCAAAGCACACGAAGAGUUUCAUAAUCGUUUAGCGGACACACGAUGGUUCCGUGUUAAAUUCAAACAAAUUGACGAGUGGAAGAGGGAUUUGUGUUAUGCGUAUGUCGAAGGCGGAUAUAUAUUCAGUUUGAAUUCCACUUCAAAGUGUUCAUUGAGGAAACGCUUUGAAAAGAUAGUUUUGGAAUGUGUGAAUAUCGAGCUGGGCUAUUCAGAGGAUUUGGCGAGUGUUUGGGAUCGGAGAGGCUCGAGAGAAGGACUGUUGUUUAUCAGUGAUUCGCAUUGUGAAUAUCCGUUCAUUGCUGGCAUUCUACUGAUCGAUCAUGUUAAAAAAGCUUAUCGCUUAAAUGACUUGCGGUCAAAAGAUGAACUGAAAUCGAGUCGAAACGAAGCGAUUACGCAAGAAGUUCACGGAACCAUAAUGGGUAUCAAUCGUAUUUGGGUGCAUUCGCAGAUGCGACGUAAGUCGAUUGCAUCGCGAUUGAUACGAAGAGGAAGGGAGUUAUUUCUGGGUGAUGGAAUAUUACCCGACAAUAUGGUUGCGUUCAGUGAACCAACGAAUGACGGCAUCGCUCUCGCGAAUUCUCGUUCGAAGCAGAUCCUCGUCUACGAUAUCGAUUCAGUCGUGUAA